AUGGAUUUUCUUCAACAGAUGAACCUCACCGAUUUCACGAUCUACGAUCUGUUCAACGUUAAGGGUGUCGAGGAACACAUCGAUGCCUAUCCUUUGAUGGCCUCGCCCGUACCGAGCUCCAUCGUGAUUGCCAUAUACCUGUACUUCAUCUACAAAUAUGGACCAAGCUAUAUGGAGUACAGAAAACCGUACAACUUGCGAUGGAUCAUUGCCGGCUACAACAUCUUCCAGGUGGUUGCGUGCGGAUAUCUUGUGUUUAAUUACAUCAAGGUAGGAUUCGAAUUCAAAUUCAUCGGACGCUGUACCCCGAAGCUUCCUGUUACCGAGUAUGAACACGGGCUCGAUGCGGUCUACUACGGGUGGCUUGCGAUGUGUCUCCGAAUGAUCGAAUUCAUCGAGACGGUGUUCUUCGUGUUGCGAAAGAAACAGAACCAGGUCUCUACACUCCAUGUUUACCAUCACAUCAGCACCUUCCUCAUUGUCUGGUGGAGCUUGAAGCUAAGUUUGUCCUACCAGGAGAUGUCCAUCAUGGUACUCAACUCGAUCGUGCACAUGAUCAUGUACUCGUACUACUUCCUGUCAUCGUUCAAACCCUGCCAACCGUUUACCAACCGCGUAAAGCCGAUCAUCACCAUCAUCCAGCUGGCACAGCUCGUAACAAUGCUUGUCCACGUGUAUGCCGCCUUGCAGCCGACUUGUGCCGCCAACAAAACCAUUUACACACUGCACGCAAUUAAUCUCGUCAUCCUGAUCAGCCUGUUCACCAACUUCUACAUCCAGACGUACGUGCGAAAGGCACGGAAGCUGAAGCAGAAAUAG